GCACGACACAUCUCGCAAAAAGCCACGCACGGAUGAUGUUGCGCAGUGGGCAGGUCGACACACAGACGCUCAGUUUAAAAGCCACCACCACCCGGCCGUCCCACGCUUUCCUUUGACCGGCAAAAGAGAAGAAGAAGCCGAGCAAGAGCUUCUCGCACCACGGUGCCGCCCGGAGAGAUCAGAAGCCUGCCACCCGCCGCCCCCCGCAAGAAUCCAUCCACCAAAGCUGCUAGCUUGCUAGCCCUCCUCCUCCGUCCUCGUCAACCGGCGAUCAAGCUAGCUAGAGGGCUCGCUGCUGAUCGAUACAUCCAUCGAUCGGGGAUGUGGGAGGCUGCUGGAGGCGUGCACGGCAGCCACGAGGCGCUCCUGCUGCAGGCCGCCGGAUCGGGGGCGGGAGGCGACUACGGCCACGCCGGCCCCGCCCUCCUCCCGUGGCUCGGCCCGGCCGCCGCGCCGGGGUUCUCCUACAUGGCCCCCCACCAUCAAGGCCCGGCCUUCGGCGCCGAGGCGGCGGCCGCGGGCGCUUUCGGCUUCGGCGGCGCGUACGGCGGCGGCGACGGGGGCGGCGUGGGCCAGCUCGGGGUGUUCGGGCUCGAGCCGCCUCUGCUGCCGCCGCCGCCGCAGGGGCCGAGGAUGGUGUCCGGGCUGCUGGGGACCCUGCAGGCGGAGCUGGAGCGGAUGACCGCCAAGGAGAUCAUGGACGCCAAGGCGCUGGCGGCCUCGCGCAGCCACAGCGAGGCCGAGCGCCGCCGCCGCCAGCGCAUCAACAGCCACCUCGCCAGGCUCCGCAGCCUCCUCCCCAACACCACCAAGACGGACAAGGCGUCGCUGCUGGCGGAGGUGAUCGAGCACGUCAAGGAGCUGAAGCGGCAGACGUCGGCGGUGCUGGGCGCCGCGGGGGAGGGCGACGGCGGGGAGGAGGCGGCGGCGCGGCAGCACCUGCUGCUGCUGCCGACGGAGUCCGACGAGCUGGCGGUGGACGCGGGGGAGGACGGCGAGGGGAGGCUCGUCGUGCGGGCGUCGCUGUGCUGCGAGGACCGCGCGGGGCUCAUCCCGGACAUCGCCCGCGCGCUCGCCGCGCUCCGCCUCCGCGCGCGCCGCGCCGAGAUCGCCACGCUCGGCGGCCGCGUCCGCAACGUGCUCCUCAUCACCACCGCCGACGACGACGACGAUGAGGAGGGUCAGGGGAAAGGGGACGACGACAACGACGCCGACGACGGAGGCGACGCCGCCGCCGCCGACGGGUGCGCACGCGCCAGCUCCCACCACCGGAGGCACGAGCUCGUCGCGUCGAUCCAGGAGGCGCUGCGCGGCGUCAUGGACCGCAAGACGGCGAGCAGCGACACGUCCUCGUCUAGCGGCGGCGGCGGCGGCGGGAGCAUCAAGAGGCAGCGCAUGAGCGGCGCGCACGAGCAAGGUUCGCUCUAGUGCGGUAACUCGAUCUAGCUACUAGCUAGCUCCAUGCUAGCAUGAAAUAUGCAAGCAUGCAUGCUUAGUAUAGUUAUGAAAAUAUAGUCACUCCAAACUUAGAUGGAUCGAGAUGAUGGCUCUUCUUUUUUCUUUUGCUGCUAUGCUAAUGGUGUGGGAUGAGGGAAAGAAAAAAAAUUGGAAACAUGGCGAGAUGUCCGAGGUAGAAGAGAGGAAGAGAGGGAGAGAGUUUUAUGUAUCAUCCCUUAUAUAUGUUUGUGUGUGUGUUUUUUUUUAUUUACUUCGCGUAUGUAUCAUCAGGGAGAGAGGGGGGCCGGGGAAUUCGAGAGGUUAUUACUGAUGAUAAACCUCUCAUAAAACUGGGGUGAUAAGGGUGUACAUGUAUAAUCUCUGGGGUAUAAUGGAGAAUGGAAUUGGUGGGCUGCUGGUCAUUUCUUCAUGAGUGUGGCAUGGAGCUAGAGUGCACUGAUCUUCACUUUUCAAUCAUAUUGUUGUUUGCAUCC